UAUCCAAGGGCAAAACAGAGAUUUAACAACGGCGGACAACGAAUAGCCUACUUUUCGUGGCUUCUGAAUAACUCGUCAUUUGCGAAGGAUUGAAGAAAAGCCCCAAUUGGUGGAUUCACAAUCUCUCUCUCUGUCCUGCUUCUCAAUCUCAUCAGAUUAAGUGAAAUGGCUGGUCACAAGAUUGCUCAUGCCACAUUGAAGGGGCCAAGCGUUGUCAAGGAGAUAGUUAUUGGGGCGGUGCUUGGUUUGGCUGCUGGAGGCCUUUGGAAAAUGCAUCACUGGAAUGAGCAGAGGAAAAUAAGGACAUUCUAUGACUUGCUGGAGAAAGGUGAAAUCAGUGUCGUUGCUGAAGAAUAGAUCUUCUGAGUUUCAAACAUGAUUUUGUGGACUCAUUCAAAGUUUGUUAAUCACUCUCUACUUUCCAUUUGGCUCUUGAACUUAAGAUGAUGAGCUUAGUCUGGGUUCUGAAUAAGUUUCUCAAACUGUUGUCGCAUACAUUAUUGUUUUAAAUGGAAGUUGAUUAAUCUUCUUCUUGUCAUUUAAUA